ACCACAUUUUUUUUUUACAGAUUUGGGGGAAUCCUGGUUCAAGCAUCCAGAGCCACCAACCAGCCUCUGCUCCCUUUGUUUGAUUCGCCGCUGGGUAGUGUUGGGACCGUAGUUAGGGCUGGGAUUGUGUUCUCGCUUCUUCCGCUGGGGCCGGGUAGGCGAUUCGAAGCUCGCCCCCAGAUUCGCCCCUUUGGACCAAUGAAGGAACCCGAUGCCAUUAAACUUUUCAUCGGGCAGAUCCCACGGAAUUUGGAGGAGAAGGAUUUGAAGCCCAUCUUCGAGCAAUUUGGGAAGAUCUACGAGUUGACAGUGAUUAAGGAUAAAUACACGGGCAUGCACAAAGGAUGUGCGUUCCUGACCUACUGUGCUCGGGAAUCGGCCCUCAAGGCACAGAGUGCACUGCAUGAGCAGAAAACGCUCCCAGGGAUGAAUCGGCCGAUCCAGGUGAAGCCAGCAGACAGCGAAAGCAGAGGAGAAGACCGGAAGCUGUUUGUGGGGAUGCUGGGCAAGCAGCAGACGGACGAAGACGUCAGGAAAAUGUUCGAGCCCUUCGGGAACAUCGAUGAGUGCACGGUGCUGCGGGGGCCAGAUGGCACCAGCAAAGGCUGUGCCUUCGUGAAGUUCCAGACCCACGCUGAGGCUCAGGCCGCCAUCAACACACUGCACGGCAGCCGGACAUUGCCGGGCGCCUCCUCCAGCCUGGUGGUGAAAUUUGCCGACACGGAGAAGGAGCGGGGCCUGCGCCGGAUGCAGCAGGUGGCCAGCCAGUUGGGCAUGUUCAGCCCCAUCGCCCUGCAGUUCGGGGCCUACAGCGCCUACACCCAAGCACUAAUGCAGCAGCAGGCAGCCUUGGUCGCUGCUCACUCCGCCUACCUCAACCCCAUGGCCACCAUGGCGGCCGUCCAGAUGCAGCAGAUGGCCACCAUCAACCCCAACGGCCUCAUCGCCACGCCCCUCACGCCUCUCACCCCCUCCUCAGGUACCAGCACGCCACCCGCCAUCGCUGCCACCCCCGUGUCCGCCAUCCCGGCCACGCUCAGCGUCAACGGCUACAGCCCGGUCCCCACACAGACCACAGGGCAGCCGGCCUCCGAGGCCCUCUACACCAACGGGGUCCACCCGUACCCAGGUACGCCCCCACCCUGCCUGCUCCCCCCGCCCCGGCUCAGCCAAGGGCUCCCGGUAACCCCCUCCCCCUCGUCUCCCCUCGCAGCUCAGAGCCCGGCCGCCCCCGUGGACCCCCUGCAGCAGGCCUAUGCCGGGAUGCAGCACUACACAGCCGCCUACCCCGCUGCCUAUGGGCUGGUGAGCCCGGCCUUCCCCCAGCAGCCAGCCAUCCUCACGCAGCAGCCGCCCCCUCAGCAGCAGCAGCAACGGGAAGGCCCCGAGGGCUGUAACAUCUUCAUCUACCACCUGCCCCAGGAGUUCACUGACUCCGAGAUCCUGCAGAUGUUCCUGCCCUUCGGGAACGUCAUCUCUGCCAAAGUCUUCGUGGAUCGGGCAACCAAUCAGAGCAAAUGUUUCGGUUUCGUAAGUUUUGACAAUCCCACCAGCGCCCAGGCUGCCAUCCAGGCCAUGAACGGCUUCCAGAUCGGCAUGAAGCGCCUGAAAGUGCAGCUCAAGCGACCGAAAGAUGCCAACCGGCCGUACUAAAGCCCCAGGUCUGGAGCUCAAUGGAGGAGGGAGCCCCCAACUGACCUCCACCUGGCCCAUCCUCCCUCUCCCCCACCCACUGCAGCUCAUCCCUCGCCUGUGCCUCAUCGCCGCACUGAUCCCGGCCACUUGACCUGCCAGCUGGGAGGACGAAGCCGAUCAGCAGAACCGAAAGCACCUGCCUCCACCCAUCGGCCCUGGGCUGCGCCUAGCCCCACCAGCAGCCUGCAGUUUGGGGAAGGGGGGGGCAGGCCUUUCACCUGUGAUCUCGGCCCUGCCUCAUCAACAGCAGGGGAGGGGGAAAGGAGCCCCCAGCCUUGAUCCGCCCUGCCCCCGCAGUAGCCAUGAAUUCCUGCCACCAUAGCCCGAGGGGGACAGACUGGGCUCAGCCCUAGGGAAUCAGCUGGAGGGCUUGAUCCUGCCCCGGGGGUUGGGGGGGGGGAGAGAAAGGCCCUGUCCCUGUGUCCAGCUGGAA